AUGCCUAGAGAAUAUGUUGUCAGAAUUGUUUUUGAUAAAUCUCACAAAAAUUUAAUUAUUUACAAGAAGGAUAAAGGGGUUAUAGCUGGAAUUUGUUAUCGGUUAUUCCAAGAACAGGGAUUUGCUGAAAUUGUUUUUUGUGCUGUGACGGCCGAUGAACAGGUAAAAGGUUACGGGACACAUAUGAUGAAUCAUUUAAAAGAUUAUAUGGUCGGCAAAUUAGGCAUUUAUCAUUUAUUAACCUACGCAGACGAAUUUGCUAUUGGCUAUUUUAUUAAACAAGAUUUUAUUACCGAAUUUGCUUUGCCUUCUUCGAGAUAUAAAGGGUAUAUAAAGGAUUAUCAAGGGGCGACUUUAAUGUAUUGCCAAUUACAUCCAAAAUUAAUUUAUAUAAAAUCAAAACAAAUUUAUUUUAAUAUGAAAAAAUUUUAUUCUUUUGCUUUGAAAGAAUUUUUUCCAAAUUUUGGACUUCAAUUUGAAGGAUUAAAACAAUUUUUUGAAAAAAAUGGUGGCCAGCCACUUUGUUUAGAACAAAUUAAGGGAACUGAAAGUCUUUCAAAUAUUGAGGAAUUGAAAAAAAUUGAGGAGGAACAGACAAGAAAUCAACAAACAGAAACUUUACAAAAAAAUUUUCGAUUAAUUUUACAAAAAUUAAAAGAAGACAAAAAUUCUUGGCCUUUCAGAGAAUCUGUAGAUGUUGAUUCAGUUCCAGAUUAUCACAAUAUAAUUAAUUUUCCAAUUGAUUUGGGUAUAAUUUCUCAAAAACUCAAAAAUGGUUAUUAUACUUGUGAAAGAAUGUUAAUUGCUGAUUUAAAAAGAAUGUUUUUUAAUUGUUAUAAAUUUAAUGCCCCCGACUCUCCUUAUUAUUAUCACGGAUAUAAAUUAAAUGAAAUUUGUUUAAAAUUAUGCAAACAAUACUUUCCUCAUUCAAGAUUACAACCAACAUUACCUGAAAAUAAACCUAAAUUUGUUGUUUCUGUUAAAAAAUGA